AUGUUUCUUUUUAGCAAAACGUUUACCUUUUCAGUUUUAAUAUGGACAUGGCAAUAUUACCGUGAGGUAUUAUUCUAUUACACGCUGAAAAAUUCCUCUACCUUUUCCUUAAUUUGUACUAUAAUUAAAAAUGGCAAUAUUUAUGAGUGUUUAAAUAAUUACACAUUUUUAAAUAUUUCCCCAAGUCUCAGUGCAUCAAACGACAAGGGUAGCGCACUAAGCAAUUCGUUAAAUAAAAAAUGUGAUAGAAUAUUAAAUGAAAGAACAAAUGACGAAGGGGAAAUACAAGAUCAAUUUAAAAAUUUACAGAACAGUAUAAACAAAUUAUUUGGUGGAGUUGAUAAUAACUUAGCAGAAAAAUUAAGUACUUUGUCAAAUGAUGAUAAUUUUAAAAAGCAAUUUAAUGAAUUAAUGCAAAAUAAUGUCUUUCAAACACAAUUAAAAAACUUAUUACAAGAUAAAAAUUUCAUGAAACAUUUAAAUGCAUUAAAGAAUAAUAAACAUUUUCAGAAAAAUGCUUUUAACCAAAUGAACGGUGACGAUAGUGAUCAUGAAGAUAUUGACCCAUUACAAUACUAUAAUAAUUUAAAAGAAUAUUUAGAUGAAUUGUAA